AUGCAUAUUAUCACUUCUUCUGUUGUGACAUUGGCCUUGCUAGCUGGCCAAGCUCUUGCUGUUUGUGGCGAAGGCACAUUCAACGGAAACACCAACAACAUUAAGAGAGUAUCCAACUGUUCUCUAAACAAGAACAACGUCUAUUUCUGCGGAAGCUCCGGGACCUCGGUUGUUCACAAACAGAGCCAGCUCAUGCUUCGCGCUGGAAAGGUUGACUCUACGGUUCUCGUCAACUGCGGCGGCUACGGAUUUUUCUACCAUUGUUCUGCGGGGGAAGAAGCCAGAUUCAGGGAGCCUACGUGCAAGGGUGCAGUAUGGGAAGUGGAAAAUAUCAAGGAGCUCUGA